GUCAGUCAGUGGAUCAGCAGCAGCACAAACAGACGCGUCAUGGAGCGAAAACUGGAUCUGUCUCGUCUGACGGACGAGGAGGCGAAACACGUGUGGGAGGUGAUUCAACGGGACUUCAACCUGAGGAAGAAAGAGGAAGAGCGACUCGGCGAUCUGAAGACAAAGAUUGAGAAGGAGGACACGAAGCGAGAGCUGCUGGGCUCUCAGAGCAAAACGUCCGACUCGCUGUGCAUCCGCUGCCUGCAGCCCUUCAAGUUCCUGGUCAACAGCAAGCGUCAGUGUCUGGACUGCCGCAUGUUCACCUGCAAGUCCUGCAGCCGCUACAACAAGAAGGAGCACGGCUGGGUGUGUGACAACUGCCGCAUGACCAGGAUUUUGAAGAUCGGCACUGUGGGAUGGUACCAGGACAACGUACGAAACCGCUUCAAACGCUUCGGCAGUGCCAAGGUGAUGAGGUCACUGUACAAGAGGCUGAAUGGAGACGGUGGGCGUGAUGACGACACCCAGAGUAUGCCGGAUGUCCGCAGCCAUGUGUAUAACGGUAACGAGGACGAUCACGGAGAGACUGAAGCUCAGCGCUACAAAGUGAUGAGGAAGAGUAAACGUCUGCUGUCUGUUCAUCCUAUGGACUUCGACUCUGAGGAAUAUUUCCCUCAUUCACGGCGACCAUCCGUCCAGCAGCUUCAAGAGGAUCGAGGUUUCAGGAACGAUGUGGAUUAUGAUCCUUACAACCGUCGUGCAAACCGCAGGCAGAGUCUGGACCGCUACGCCAUGAGACCUGAUGAUUUGGGGGACAACAGGAUGGUUCGGACUCGCUCUCUCUCUAAGAUCAGCUCCUCGGUGGCUCGGCAGCAGUAUGUCGACACCUCUGACGAGGACGAGUACCAGAGAUACCCCCCCAUGUACCAACAGCCCCCCCACCGCCGCCGCAACAGCAGAGCCUCCUCCCAGGAGAACCUUGGUCAAGCCCCGCCCAUAAACGAGCUGAACAAACGCAUGUUUGCUAUUGAGAGUCUGCUGAGCCGCCUGGAGGAGAAGAUGACACCUGGUGACGAGGCAUCGACUCCGUCCGGUCACAACGAGGAGGACAAGCUGAGGAGGAAGCUGAGCGAGCUGGCGGGGACCCUGAGCGAUAAGGGCCUGUCGUCAGAUGAUGAGGCUGGGAAGAAGUCCUUCUCUGUGGGUAAAGGUUCAGCCGGCAUCAGGGGCGGCCCGGCGAUCAAUCUGGACUCUCUGAGGGACAAAGAGCUGAGCUCGUCCAGCGACGAGAUGCCCACAGAGGCUCAGAAGGUGUACAUCGCAGCCGGUCAGUCGUACGAACUGGAGUCAAAGCUGCGGCGACUCGAGCAGAGCGCCAAAAACCGCUUCGGAGGGACGACAGACUCGGAGCUGUCGGAGCUGGAGGACGUGGUGGCGCUGACUGCCGCCAGGGUGCAGAGCGCCGAGAGCGAGGUGUCUGAUAUCGAGAGUAAGAUCGCUGCUCUGAGCGCCGCCGGAUCAAAGAAAAAGAUUUAUGGAUCCCAUCAGAGGAAAAAGUCAACACAAGACGUUUCCAAAUCGGCCAACGGAGCUCAGUGGAAAUCCAACAACAUGUUCUGAACCCGCCAAGGUGAAAAACUCAAGAAAUGAUCUUGUUGUUGCUGAAAUCAGCUUCCUGUUUGUUUGUUUUUCUGCUAAAUCAUCAGAUUCAACAAAACUCCUCUUUGUUUGUUUGUUUAAUCCUCUUUAAAGUUAUAGAACUAUAAACUGACAUUUACAAAAUAAAACAAGUAAAAUUAUGUUUUAUUGCAACAGAAAAAAACAAAAACAACACAUUCAUUCAACGAUUUGUAAAAGAAAAUCACAUUUUUAACUCAUCUGUUUGAAUCUUAGACUGAUUUUGUGUUUAAAAAACAAGAAAAUGUUUUAACUAAAUGUGCCCAGAACAUAAUUUUAAAGAAUUUUGAAAAUGUAUAGUUUAUAUUUCAGCCAUACGUAGUUUAUUACAUCUUAAAUGCAGCAUCUGCCCCAAAAACGCUGAACUACAGAUUCAAAUCUUUAUUUGUAACAUAAACAAUCACGCAGUGCAAAUAUUCAAUACAAAGACCUUUUUAAAACAGAAAUAUUAUAAAGAUCAAAUUAUAAAAUCAGUUUAUACAAUUCAGAAUUUUAAAAAGUGAAAAUUUCUAAAAUAAAAUAUAAAAGAUAAACACAUCAAAGAUUCAGAUACAAUUACAAGUAAUUAAAGAAAUACAAUAAAACUAAAAAAAGCACAAAAAACACUAAAACAAACAAAAGUGAACUUAAACUGAAAACUAAAUAUAUUAAAUAUUUUUUAAAAUCUAGAGAAAAUCCAUAAAUCUCAGCAUGUUCAGAGAUAAAAACAUUAUUUACUUCUGAGAUGAUUCACUGACAUGAAACAUGAAAUAAAAUGUUAUAAUUUAGGAAUCACUGAGAUUUCUGCUGUACUUGAAUCUGAAAAUAAAAUAAUGUUCCAUUAAAACAAAUAAACUGAUGAAAAAUGAAUAAAAUACGUUUAAAUAAAUAAAAAAUAAGUUUUGCAUCAUUUUGAUUUAUUAAAGUCAUAAUCUUGAAGAUUUGAUUGGAAUCGCUGAAUGAGCCUGCUGAUGACAGUGUUAUGAUUAUUACAAACCGGGUGGCGACUUUCCCGCCACGGUUUCCAACCAGCGGAGUUGACGCAACCUCUGCUGCGCUGUGCCCCGCCCCUCGCCGCCACAAACCCCGCCCAUCGCCACUCUAAACCCCGCCCAUCGCUGCUCCAAAUCCCGCCCCUCGCUGCUCUGAGCCCCGCCCCUCGCUGAUCCAAACCCCGCCCCUCGCUGCUCUGAGCCCCGCCCCUCGCUGCUCCUCACAUCAGAGAAGAGACAAAGCAGUGCGGCCAUGAAUGACAACUCACACUGAGCUGAAAUGAAACAAGUGGACAUAAAUUAGGUAAAUAACAUAAAUAACAGUUUGUGUUGUGUUUUGUUGUCAUUUAUGGUCACACUGUAUCCUCCACUCGUGUUUCAGCGACGGCUCCUCGUGAGUGUGUGUUUGCAUUAAAAGCUUCACAAGUAAAAAGCCAAUGAGAGCAAUUUAUUAAUGUUAUCUGCACAAAAGAACAACACAACUGCAGUUACAACUUAUCACCACACGGUGCCGCCAAAGAGAACAAAACAAAGAUCUUUGAGAUUAUAACUUUAAAAAACAAAUAUAUAAAACUUAAUCAUAAAUAACUGAGUCAUGAAUGACUUAACGAAGAUAUUUACUCCUUCUAAUGAUUAAUUUCUUUAAUCCUGGCAGUAUUGAGCCUCCAUACAUUUCAGCUGGUUAUAAGAAAUAACUGAUCAUUUGAACUGAUGUGAUCAAUAAACUUUAUUUGCUCCUGAAAAAAAAACCCCAUUGUUUCCUAUUUGCUGAUAAAUGUAUUGAUCGAUCGACAGGUGUUUGAUAUUGAUUAUCAGUGUUACAAUCAGAUGAUCUUUGUUUAGAAGAUGACAAUUGUUUUGAUCCUUUGAUUGAUUACAGAUUAUAGAUACUAUUAUUGAUAAGAACGUGUUGUGUUGCUCUGUCUGUAUCAGUGUUUGGCUUUCUGUUCAAUAAACUAUAGAACCAA